CGUCAGUUAGUAGUCGGCCAGACAUCGCGCGUCUCGCAUCUUCUUCGAAGCCGUGGGUGUCGGUUCGGGAAUAGUCGAGGAGUGAGCACGUGUCGUUGCAAGGGGGAACGGACGAGGGUGUGAAUUACAGCGUGGCGCAUUUAAAUCAGAUUCGAGAUUUCCUGGAGGUGCUGAUUAACUCGAGGAAGAAUCGAGGAGGAGAAGAUAUUAUGAUAUAUGAAUAUACGUGUAUAUAUACACAUUUAUAUCUAUUGAACACGUACAUAUUAAACCGAGAGCAGAGGAAGAGAGAGGGGCGAAAAAAAAACAAUCUGAAAAAUUUAGGCACCCAGCCAAGUGACCUCGAGUAUAGCACAAAAAUAUAUGGCCGUCUGAAAAAUGGAUAAUUAAAGUAGCUCCGUGCUCGUUUCUUCGCUUCUCGAUAUAUUCGCUGUGGAAAUAAUAACCUUUUUACAUCUAUUUUCGAAUACAGUAUACAGCAUAUGUGGGGAUAGAUUGGAACGAUCAUUUUUUGAACUGCGGAUUUUUCCCAGCUCGGUUCCUCGCGAAUCGGGGUACUUUUUCACCGUCUGUAAGACUGUAGCUUCCGUUUCUUAUAAACUGGAUUGAAGCUCGGAGGAAGGAUUUCCAUCCGGCCGGAGGCUAUACGGGGUCUUAUCUGCAUGCUUGGAAAGGCGGAGGCCGACUCAUGCCAAACUUUCUACAGGGUGGAAAAUUGCAUUCCAGAGACGCCUCCGGAGAGGCAGCUGUUUUAACAACAGCAAUUACCACCUAGGCGUUACUUCGUGGCGGGUAAAUUUUCGGCGGGAAAAUUUUUAGCGAGAGAAAGAGAGAAAAAGAGAGAGAGUGAGAGUGGAAGCGCCGAGCCCGCGAUAACCGGCCGGUUAUGGCAUCGGGGCGCCAAGAGGGGGGAGAUAAAAGUUCGAGAGGUAGAUAAGCGGGCUGUUGAAAAACGGCCGUGAGGGACGACGAUUUUGCGAGAUGUAAAACGGCCGCGGAACCAGAAGCUUCGGGACUACGAAGCUUAUAUAAGAGGAGGAAUCGCAUCCGACACCGAGGAAACAGAGAGAGAGAGAGAGAGAGAGAGACCGAUCGGUGGUCAUCAUCGCAGGAGGAUAACCGGGGAAUUUCCGGUCAGCCAGUCGGCGUGAAGCCGACGUUUUUCUGCACAGCGUAAAAAUAGCCAGUGGUGAGAUUGUACUGUUGGGGGGGUGUAAAAGUGGAAUGCGAUAGUGAGCGUGAAAGUGAGUCGUCGACCCAUCACCCUGCAAGAGGCUUAUUAAAUGUUUGAGUGGCAUCCAGAAUGGUGCAGGCGGUGGUUCAAAUCCUGCGCCAACUUUUACCCGUACUUCUACUCGCCGGCGCAGCAGCGACUGGAAUUACGGGAACGGUUGGCAGUCAGUUUUCUGGGUUCCGUUCGAGUCCGUUUUACGGUUCUUCGAGAUCGUCGGCAGAGCCGAGAUCCCGAGUUGAAGACCUCGGAGUAGUCGAACGGACUUCGAUAACGAAAAGACAGCUGCAUUCCGGGGACGGAGAUAAUCGCGAUGUUCCGAGCGGCGGCGCGUCGGCCGCACCUUCGUCCCUCUCUUCCUCAGCUUCGGCAAUCGAAUCCAUCCCCAUUUCAGUUUCUGGAUCAAGCGACUUGCCGGAACGAGGAUGGAACGGAACCACCCUAACGACGAAGGGUAGCCUCCUUCGGGACGCCUCGGCGAACGAGGUCGGCUUCCUGCGGCUGAAUUCAAGCCGCGGAACCAGGAACGCGCCGGGAAUCGACUGUGACAGUUUUACCAUCGGUAAACCGGAGAAGCAAGAGUUUUACAGCCCAAAUUGGCCCGACAAUUACCCCAACCAAACGGACUGCGUCAGGGUGCUUACAGCGGACAAGGGCAUGCUCCUGAAGCUCGACUUCCGGGAUCGGUUUGACAUGGAGCCGAGCGAUGGAUGUCGAUUCGACUUCUUGGAGGUUCGUGACGGACAACAUGGGUUUGCCAAAGAGAUUUUUCAUCGGUGUGGCAAGGAGUUUCCCCCUGUGGUCAUUUCGCAGUCACGGUACCUAUGGCUGCGAUUUCACAGUGACGAGAACAUUGAGUACGGGGGAUUCAAGGCCGUUUGGAGCAUGAUACCCCGGCCCACGGAUAAGGUGAUACCGGAGCCAGAGUCCUGCAUGAUAAAUAAAACGGGGUUCGAGGCGAACAUCAACAGCGAGGAAGUAGAGGAACAGAAAAAAAUAGCGGAGAAGAACGGAGUGGCUCUUGAUUGCAUGUGGGUCGUGACGGUCGAGGCGGGAUGGAAGAUCCAGCUUUCUUUUACAAAAUUCAAACUGCAGAGGCCGAACGAGUGCGACAGCAACUUCGUCGACAUCUUCGGUGAGCGGACUGACCUCCCCUCCCGGCUGAAGAAUUUCUGCGGAAGCACCGCUGACCUUGUCAGCACUGAAACGAACACCCUUUUUCUCCGGUAUUACGCUGAGCCAAGGGCUCUCAAUAGCACCUUCACAUUUCUCGUCACCGCCUUUAGAGAGAAGGGGGGCGAUAGCUCGAAAUGCCGUGACGGAGAAUUCGACUGCGAUGACGCAAGAUGCAUCAACGGCAGUCUGAAGUGCAACGGAAAUGACAACUGCCGUUUCCGAAAUGACGAAGAGCCCGCGAAAUGUGGGAACACGGGAGGCUCCGUAUCGAUGAACUCUGAACACAUAAUCAUCAUCCUGGUCGUAUUCUCUCUGAUAAUGUUCGGCAUGAGCUUCGCCUUCGUCUUCAACUGCGUCCGGAAGCUGAUCAGAGACCACAGAAUAAUCCAGGAGCACAUCCGCCAGUCGCGGGAGAACCGGCUGGACGAGAUCGGUCGAAAAACCACCCCGUGCCCUCUGUCGUCGACGCGAGUCGACUCGUGCGAUCACCGAGGAUCCAGCGAGUCGCCGAGCCUAGAAGUGGCGCCAAGCAAAGAGCUGCUUCCACCGCCUACGACGACGACGACGACGGGUUCGUCCUGCGCGUUAAUGGGCCACGAUUACACCCGGGAGCUGCUGGCGAGGGAGGCGGACUACUCGGCGAUGGAGAUAAACGACAUCCACCGCAGCAACAACGCGAGCAACGCGACCCAGGAACGGCUCCAGGAGUCGAGCGAGGAGCCCGAGACUCGCGACAACGCCUGCCAGACGAGGGAAAGCCUCUUCGACGGCGUUCCCAUACCCCGAAGGACGACUUCCGGCUCCCACUGUUCCGGAUGCGGCUGCGGUCCGAGUGCCGCCUGCGCCCGUCACAGCGCCCUCAUCCCGCCCCCACCCCACGGAUGGUCCCUCCACGACCCCCGGUUCCCAGAGCCUCCGGACUACCUCUGCAGCUACCAGCGAUUCCAGAGCCCGAAGCCGGGGAACCGCGAGCCCUUUCACUCCCCGGGGAAGUUCUCCCGGCAGAGCACCCUCGACUCGGGAACGACCGGGACGACCGCCGGGUCCCAGCACUCCUCGGGGAGCGCCCCCUCCAAUCAGACGACCGCCGGCACCCCGACCUCCAGGCGAAACGACCCCAGGUAUCGGGCCGAGGCCGUCAUCGAGCUGCCUGAACUCGAGCGGCGACCAUUCAGCAUCGAGAGCACCAAGAGUGCCCCCGACGUUAUCGCGACGCACUGACGGCGGAGGACCGGGGGCGAGUGGGAACCUUACCGAAGGCGGCAUCCCCGACGCGUCAGCGUCGCCACCCAGAGCUCCCUCGACGACGGCGACGAGGAUGAGGAUGAGGACGGUGCUCGCAGAGACGGCUCUUGAUACUCCGCCCCUCCGCCGUUCUAUCCCACCUGGCCUCGACGGGGCAACGAUCGGAACGUUCGGGGCUUGGGAUUCGCCAUUCUCAACGGUUUUCGGAGGGGGGACGAGGUCGGCGCUACCGUUCGAUUUUAAAAUUCACUGCCGUUGUAGGGUGAUUGGCAUCGAUUUGGGUUUUCCGGAAUUUCUCAAAAUCGCGAAUUACUGCACGCAGCGUCCAUAAAUUAUGUUAUCGGUUUUAGGGGGGAGAAGUACAGAAGUUAUGACGUUACAUGCAAAAAGCGAAAUUCAUAAAUAAAAAAUUAAUUAUCGACAAAACGUUGUUAAUAGUUAACAAAUCAUAUUUGGCUCAACUAAAAUUUGAUGAUAAUAACGAAACGUUUAUUUCGCCAUAUCCAAACAUUCGUUUUUUAACUGUAAAUAAACUUUUUUCUCAGUGCGGCUCCGGACUAGGGUGGCUCCUAUCAAAGGUAAUAGAUUAAAAUUUCUCUAAUGCGUAUACUUCGUUUAAUUAUGCUAAUGUAAAAAAAUCUUGAGCCGAGAAAUCGUAUUCAUACACACCUAAAGAAAAAUGUGACGGAAGGGGAGGUGGGGCAGUAAUUUUUUUUAUGUCAUUUGGAAGGGAGGGCGAGUCUUUGAAUCUUACAGAAGAUGACAGAAGGAGGGGGGGAGGGGCUCAAAAACCCUCAAAAUUCGAUGACGUAAUUAACGGACGCUCCCAUAUUUCAAGCGAUUCCUAAGAAAUCGGUUACGAAUCAUUCAAAGGCGCUGACAAUUGCUUGGAAUAAGUGUUGAAAUCGUUCAAAAAUCGUUGAAAUAUCUUAAAAAUUGAUAUCCUCUGAAAUCGCUGUCACUUAUUCUGCAAGUGUUUAUAUAGCCCCUCGGUUGUUACGCCGGCUGCCUCGAAGAAGCGACGGUGAAGAUCUUCAUUCCGGUUUGAAGUAUGUCGAAGGAAAAUCGUGGUAAUUUCUUUCGCAAAAAAUGAAUACUAUGUUCUUGGGUGAACCGUUUUUCGGAGGAUCUCGAUGUGACAAAUUAUAAAUACAUGUGAUAGCGUUAGGUAGAAGAAUUAUAUGACGCAAAGAACGAUCGUUUUAUACAGAUCAAAACUCUUGGAUGCGUAUAGUAUACAUAAAAAUUCCAUUUAAAAAUUCGAUACCCACGGAUGGUUUCUUUUUUGUUUAAUUAUCGUGCUCUUUUAAACCCGGUGCUUAGAAUAUCACGAAUUUGUUUGGAUUUAGGCGUUUGCUUCAAAGGUUCCAUUUCACGGAAAAACUACUCUAACGUUAAAAAGAAUUUUUUACUCCGAACAAGUUGCUGGAAACAACAAUAAAAUACAUAUCUUUGCAAAGAACGCAUAUAAAAGUAUGCCGUAGGUGUGUCUUUUUUCAUCGCCGAAAAUUAUCGCGCAUAUUUUGUCCUGCCUAAUUGUUACUCCCUUAUUCCUUCUUUAUUCAGCUCCAAAAAUUUACAUUUCCGUAUAUUACAAAUAUCGCAUCACAUUCGCAUCAGGCUUCACUCUAUCGUAAUUAUCAUUUAUAAUGCACGUUGACAAACUUUGACACGUCUUUAUAUUUCAUAAUUUGUAAUCUAUGUAUAUGUAUAUGUAUAAUAAGUAUGUAAUUGUAAUACUGUAAUAUAUAACUGAUUAGGAUGACUAUUUUUUCAUCAUGACUCUCUGAUAGCCGUAUACGUAUAAUGUAUAAUCUGAAGAGUUUAGAGUCUACGCGCGUUUCAGAAUAACGGAGUUGCAUUUAUAUGUGUAUAUAUUGUACCAACAUUAUAUCUAUGUAAUAAUUUAUGUUGAUAGUUGAUGUAACUUAUACACAACCUCGAAGAAAAAAAAAAAAGAAAUAUUUGGUAAUCGUAUUCUAUAAUCUAUUGGUUACAGUUUUUCAGCAGUUACACUUACAUCUAAAAAUCGGCUGAAGAUCUUAAGCUGAAACGCGCGUAGCCCGUUUCCGUACGACCAAGAAUAAUCAAUUUAUAGUCAAUUACGUACCAAAUAUGUUCUAUAAGGUGUACAAAUGAUGAAAUACGCGCGUCUCAUUAUUGCGAUGUAUGUAUAAUACUUGUAUAAAGAAAUAAUAAUAGUGGGGAAAAAUGAAUAAAUAGAUUACGAACAUCCGCGAUGCAUUAAUUAAAUUUGCGAGGCUUUUCACGCCAGCCAACAAUGGCUCACGUUCUUCUCUUUUCAACGUAUCUCGGUUAUUUUUUUAUUUUUUAUUUAUUUUUUUUUCAUAAAAUUUAAUCUCCGGCUUGAAUAAUACAUCAGCCCAACAGCUAUAUAUUCAAUUCUUCGACCUGAAGUAUUGACGAAUUAUAAAGAGACUCGAAUCGCGCGUCCUACGUCAAUUCUCGUUUUAUCUAAAAACACUUUACAAUUAAUGAUCGUCUCUCAUCUGGUAUUCAAUUUUUUAUUCUACACUGAAAAGCCUCAUCAGCGAUAUAAAUCUGAUAAAACAGGUAAAUAAUAUGUAUUUCACUACGCACUGGUAUAAUAUAAUAAAAUGAUAUUACAUGUAACAUAAAUUGAACAGAAAUUGUGAUGUAUACAUUUGUAUAUAAGAUAAUAAACUACAUGUAGAAAAGGAGAAGA